UCUUCCUCUGCCUUUGACACAUUCUUCCUUUUCUUCAUUCUCGUUAUUGAAAGCUAGAACGUUCAUUCCUCAACUUUUGAAGCUGAGAAAUGUCCGUCGACCUGAACGGAUCCGAAGAAAAAAUGGAGCUAAAGGCGGAUCCGGAAAGGCGCCAGCAUGUGCCGUAUAUAUUAAAUGGGGAGCUAUACCGCAUCGAGAACCAGGUGGGCGAUAAUGUUACGGUCAAGUGCUGCUAUUGUCCGCCGGAUCGGAUAUAUCGCGGGAGCGUGCGCUCCACGGGAAACUUUCACAUGCACAUUAAGCGGCGUCACAGUUCGUUGUUGGGAAAACUGCACGAAAUGAAAGUGGCUGCUUUGGAGGAACGCCGUGAUCGCAUCAUGAAGAACCGACGCUUUGGCAAGCCCCGCAAGAAAACCCCGAUCCCAACAACCAGUACGGCUCCGAUUUUGCCGGAGAUUCCAGUUUCGACGGGAAUUGAAAGCCACGAGUUGAAAAUCAAAACGGUGUUCCAGCGCCACAAGCAAGAGCAGGAGGGAGCUACUCGCAAGUCCGGAGAUUCUACUUCAGAUAACUGCGUCCAAGCCAAUCCGCCAAAUAUCACAAACAGCCUAGGUGUUCUCAUUCAGGAUGCCUCAAAUGUGGAGACGCUCCCUACCAAAUCGGCGACUACUGCUGCUAGUGUUUCCCUACUGGGUCGACCCGUCAAGCCGGAGCAAUCAAGUGGUUCCUCAUUCCUGAUUGAUCAACCGGCAGCCAUCGACCUGAGCCGGGCUCCAUCGCAGGGCGAAAGUAAAUCCAGUUGCUCACUGGCCUCCUCGAUGGAGGACGUCUCCAUGGAGUACUCGCGCUCCCAAUCCGUCUCACAAUCGCUAUCGUUUACCCACUUCUUGGAGCACCCACAGCGAGAUGUCCUGCAGCGCCUGGAGCGCACAAUGUCCCAAAUAAAUCAGGAAUUACACUGUCGUAAUCGGAUUGAACAUAAUCGCUUGCUGUUGGAGGCGGCCAAGUUCAAGUUUCUGAAUCCAAAUUUUCAAUUUGAACCCAUUCAAUAAUGGGGUAAUUUAAAAAAAACUCUGUAAUAUACUUUUACCAAAAAAAAGUGCCCUAAGGACAUAUUUAAUUUUAAACUUCAAGAAUCUGGAUCCGAAUCAUCAAAUUGAUUCCACUCUAUAUUUGUAAGCAUCCAGAAUCUGAAAGUUUUCAAUUUGAGACGACUCAUAAACAGAAAUUUAUUUUGUUUUCCACAUUUAUUACAAUAAAGUACGUUGAAUCGAUUAAA